CCCCAAGGACAGACGAACCGAGAGAUCGGACGCGGCGGAGUGUGGCGGAGGAGGAGGAGAGAGAUGAUGAAUGCGUAAAAAAUCAUCUUUCAUUCAUUCGUCUCUUUUUUUUCAUUUGAUUGGUUUCUUUCUUAUUUAUAUAAACAGCUUCAUCAUCGAUCAUGAUGUCUUGUACUCUCCUCCAUCCCAAGAAGCGUCUCUUCCUCUGCUUGCUUGUUUCUCUCGCUUUCUUCCUCGUCGUCGUCGACACCUCCUCUCAGCAGCAUCUCGAAGCCAAGAAGAAACUUAUGCGAGAGAAAGUACGCCAGAUGUUCUAUCAUGCGUAUGACAACUACAUGACUUAUGCGUUUCCGCAUGAUGAGCUAAAGCCUCUUACAAAAAGUUUCACAGACUCCCUCAGUGAGCUUGGAAAUCUCAAGCUUGAACACCUGCCAACAGAUUAUAAUGGAUCAGCUGUUACACUUGUUGAAUCCUUAUCCAGCCUUGCUAUAUUGGGAAACAGUUCAGAAUUUGAAAAGGGAGUUCACUGGCUCUCAGAUAAUCUAACAUUCGAUAUUGAUGCACGGGUCAACCUUUUUGAGUGCAAUAUAAGAGUUCUUGGAGGACUUAUCUCUGCUCAUCUUCUUGCAAUUGAUCCAACUAAUAGGCUGAUUCAGGGGUCCUACAAUAAUCAGCUUCUUCGACUAGCCGAAGACCUUGGAAAACGCUUUUUACCAGCGUUUGAAACACCCACAGGAUUACCAUAUGCAUGGAUUAAUUUGAAGAAUGGAGUAAUAGAGAAUGAGACAACUGAAACAAGCACUUCAGGAUGUGGUUCUCUCAUUCUUGAAAUGGGAGCACUGUCACGGCUCACUGGUGACCCUAGGUUUGAAUCAGCUGCAUUACGUGCGCUUCGUCAGCUGUGGAGGAUGCGAAGUUCAUUAGAUCUGCUUGGGACGACUCUGGAUGUGGUAACUGGGGAAUGGCUGGAGUACUCCUCCAGCAUUGGAGCUGGGGUUGACUCUUUCUAUGAAUACCUCUUGAAGGCUUAUAUUCUUUUUGGAAAAGAAGACUACUGGCAAAUGUUUAGUUCGGCAUCUCAAAAGUACUUCAUACAGGGGCUUUGGUACCAUGAAGCUAAUAUGUGGAGUGGGAAACCAACUUAUUGGCAGCUCACAAGUCUUCAGGCGUUUUGGCCCGGUCUACAGGUUCUCGCUGGAGAUAUUGCAGCUGCAAAUUCAACGCACCGCGAGUUUUUCCAUGUAUGGGAGAAGGUUGGUGUAUUACCUGAGAGGUAUCUACUAGAUCAUCAAAUGAUACAUCCGACAAUGAAGUACUAUCCACUACGUCCUGAAUUAGCAGAAUCCACGUUCUACCUAUACCAAGCUACAAAAGAUCCAUGGUACCUAGAUGUUGGUGAAAUCGAGGGCCACCCUAUUCAGGUUGUGAGCUCCUGGCAUGAGAAAGUACCAAAAAGUUAUUUCUCAGGCAACUGGACGCUUUCAAAGAGAGGGGCAUGGGAAAGUGGAGCUAGCGCAUUGUCACUGCAAGUAUGUCCAUCGAAAGCUCUCAACUCUAGACGUCCUGAGCAACACAGAGAGAGUGCUUGCCAUGUCCAUGUCCCUGACGAGCAACACGGAUACUACUAUCUCGUCUGUUAA